AUGGCUAGGAAGGAAAAGAAGAGAGAGGAAAUAGGAACUGAAACAGGAAAAGGAAAGAAGAAAAAGAAGCAACAACGGAAUGGGCUCAGUCAGUCCAUGGCUGGUGGUUGUGUGCGUCGUAGGGAGUAUGAAGUAGGGGUGUCCGUCCCCAGUUCAAACCCAGACCCAGCCAGCCCAGGGCAGUCCCAGAGAAGUGGAGUCCCUGCUUUUCCACUGAUAGCCCCAGUAAAGUACUUGAUCUCACCACUGGAGCGACUAAGGUUUAGAAGUACCAUCCUUGAAAGUGAUGCCCUGGAUCAGACUCAGACUCAGACCCAGAGAGGCUUAAUGGAGUCAUUGGAUGGGUUACCGUUCCGUUGGCCGAGAGUACUACCUCAGACCUCAGACAAGACAUUGCACACGCACACCCGCCCGGCCGUCCCUAGGCCAGGUUGCGCGCCGUGUCCUGUGGUACUAGCCGGGCAUGUAUGGCUAUACUUGUUGGUUCUCAGACAAACCCAUACAAAGCCCGGUACCACCGACAUGACAAUCCUGUGGCCAUCGUGGCGCUCUCCAGCUGACACCGCACCCAGCGACAACCCCGGUUUCCGUGAGGUGAGGUGA